UGAACUACCUUGCCGGCGUCAGUUACUCGGAUCACUAUACUGCGUUAACCAUGUUGGCCGUUAAAUUUAUCUUUUUUUUUGCUCUGGCAUAUAGAUCAUACGGACUUAACGACCGGUUGUCGCACGUUACCGAACCUGAACAUUAUGUGUUGACCGUAGCGCCGAAUUUUGAAAAUGCAUCGUUUGCUGGCCGUGUAGACAUACUGAUCCACGUGAAGACCAGCACGUCGGAGGUGAUUUUGAAUUCCAAAGAUCACAAUGUGUCUUCAAUCGUUGUCAUCGACGACAUUAGCCAACAAGAAAUCCCAAUAGCAAACCACUACCGCCAUGAAGCACAAGAGCAAUUGACAAUCGAACUUAAGUCGACGUUAGUGACCAAUAGAAAGUAUGCGGUGUCCAUACAAUUUAGCGGUUUGCUCAACAAUGACAUGACUGGACUGUACAGGAGUUCCUUCCAAAAUAACUCUACUACCGAAUGGGUGGCCGUCACUCAAUUCCAACCUGCGUUCGCUAGGACGGCAUUCCCGUGCUACGACGAACCCUCCUUUAAAGCUCGUUUCAACAUAACCGUGGGCGUUCAAAGUAACCAGACUGCGUUGUCACACAUGCCGGAAUGGUAUAGAACUUAUGAAGAAAUGGAUAUACCGGAAACUGGACAUCGCGAUUUGAUUUGGAUACACUUUCAGCAGACACCGCCAAUGUCAACUUACCUCGUAGGGUUCGUUGUCGGUGAUUUCGUCGUCUCCAGCUCGAAUAGUAGCUUUUUUAAAGUGUACAGUCGUGCUGAAUAUUCGGAUCAGAUGGACUACGCUUUGAACAUAGCCCCGAAGCUACUGGAAGCCCUGGUAAACUUCACCGACGUGGAUUUCGAGCUGCCAAAAAUUGACAUAGUAGCCGUACCGGACAUUAACGGGGCGGUGGACAGCUGGGGAAUGAACGUCUAUCGGGAGGAUCGAAUUUUCAUUAGCGAUGAUUGCACAACAAAAACCGCUAGAUCUGUGACUGGGCUAAUGCACCACGUGCUAUCACACUAUUGGUUCGGUAACUUGGUGUCCUGCGCCUGGUGGGAUGACUUGUGGCUGAACGAAGGGUUCGCCACGUUUAUGGAAUAUUUCUUAACCGCGACGACUGUACCCGACUGGCGACUAGACGAAUUUUUCCUGGUCGAACAACACCAAAUGGCUUUGGCGUACGAUCAAACGCCAAGACAUCCGUUGACGGUGAACCUGUCAGUGUUUCAAGACGUUGAUAUCUUCGAUACGAUAACCUACAGCAAAGCGGCCACUGUGUUGAAAAUGCUACGCGACGUUGUCGGCGAAAAAGUGUUCAAAACGGCUUUGAAUAUUUAUCUAAGUGAAAACCAAUAUCGAACAGUGGAGCCCAAUAGUCUAUGGGACGCUUUUGAGAAUGCUUUGUUCGUUGACCAAAGGGAAUUUGUCGAAGGCGAAACGGUCAACACCGUCAUGGCCACCUGGACCGAUCAAUGCGGUUAUCCUGUCGUACACGUGAAACGAAACAUAAGCUCAUUUGUCUUGACACAGGAAAGGUUUUUAGUGCCAAAAGGCGAUGACAAUUAUAUUCCUUCGGAAUGUUUUGAAUCCCAGGGCGAAUGGUAUAUCCCCUUAACUUACACCACGAAUUCAAGUCAAAAUUUCACGGACUUGGCACCGGUAAAAUGGAUGAGACCAACAACAAACGAAACGGCUCUACCGUUUCUAGAGGAUUUCGAUUGGUAUAUUUUUAACGUACAGUCUACCGGUUUUUAUCGAGUGAAUUACGAAGACGACAAUUGGCUGGCAUUGAUCAAACAAUUACACGAUUCACCGGAAGCAAUACAUGUUUUGAACAGGGCUCAAUUGAUAGACGACUCGUUUAAUUUAGCAAGAGCGGGCAAAUUAAAUUACUCGGUGCCUUUUGAACUGACAAAAUAUUUAAAAAACGAAAACGAUGUCGUACCGUGGUAUUCGGUCAUGAACAACUAUGAUUACAUCCUGGACCGCAUGAGACGUAGUCACGUAUACCCUGAUAUUAAGAAUUAUGUCCGGGACUUGUCUGGUAUUAUUUACAAUAAACUAGAAAAUCUAGUUCUCAAGCAUAAUAACGAUUACGACAUAAAUGCCAGUUGGAACGCGUUUUCACUAUGGGCUUGUAAACUGGACAAUGUGGAUUGUAAAAUCACCGCAUUAAGCUUCUUUCAAAGAUGGCAAAAUGGCCAACAAAUACCGGCCGAUAUUAAAGAAGCAUCGUUUUGCAUUGGAAUAAGAACGUCUUGCACCCCGGCCACUUGGGUAGAACUAUUUAAUUUGUAUAAGACAUCAUCAUCCAAUGCAGAAAAGCAAGCUUUGCUAACAGCAUUAACCUGUACCAGAGAUGAACAGUUACUGUACAAAUACUUGGAAACUUUGUUUAAAAGCGAGGACAAUGCGAUUCGUCCGCAAGAUUAUAAUACUGUUGUCAAUGCGAUGGCUUCCACGCCAUUAGGUAUUAAAGUGCUUUUAAAUUAUCUUCAGAAAAAUGUACACCAAUUUUGCAACGAAAUAGACAACGGCAAGUAUAUUGCUACAUCUAUAUUCAAGAUACUAGCUUCGAAAGUCGCCCUUGAUGAUGAAGUCGACAAGAUAAGGGAGAUUCUGUUAUCACCAGGAUCUUGUCAAACCUCUGAAGGACACUCAAUUUUUCACAAACAUAUCAAUACAAUUGACCAUAAUUUAAACUGGUUCAAGAACUAUUCGGAUGUUAUAAAUGAGUAUGUGAAACCGGGAUCAGCAACAGCUGAGCCACCACCAAGUCCAGCAACAAGCACACCCCAGCCAAAAAUCGAAAGUUCUGCUGCGUCCGUUAACUUGUAUUUUCCUUCACUACUGACUUCGCUAACGUUAACAAUUGUAUCGACAGUUUAUUUUAUUUAAACUUAUUUUAUUUUUCAAUUUUUUUUUAAUUUGCUAUUUAAGCACUUGCGAUUGUUAUGCACUACUGUAUUAUACUUUGUAACGUCUGAUUAAUGAAUUUUUUA